AUGUUCUUUUCCUCCGGCGAGCAAGUCGGGUCAAUCCCCGACCGACCUCUGCCUUGGGGGUCGGAAGCGGGUCGUAUUGAUCUCGCCACUUCCAACGCUGGUGUAUCUGAACAAUACGACUACUUUUCAGAUAAGUCUGAUGAGUGGGGAAAGUUGCUUGAACCUGCCUUUGGCGUCACUGAUGUCAACUUCCAGGCUGUUGUAGUUUUGUGA